AUGAGUGAAAGACUAGGAAAAAGGCAAAAACUAGCAGCUUGGAAAGGAGUUCAAAGCUGGAACUAUAGCUAUUCAACAACAGAUAUGACAUGGCCCGAUGCCAGAAACUACUGCCAACAUUUCUUCACUGACCUCGUUGCAAUUCAGAACCGUGAAGAAAGUGACCAUCUGAAUACAGUGAUACCGAGGAACCCAACUUACUACUGGAUUGGAAUAAGAAAGAUUAGUAACGUUUGGACCUGGGUUGGAACUAACAAAACACUGGAUGAAGAGGCAGAAAACUGGGCUGCAGGUGAACCAACUCCUGGUGCUGAAGAUUGUGUCGAAAUUUAUAUAAAAAGAGCAGAAAAUGCAGGAAGGUGGAAUAAUGAUCCCUGUAGAAAAAUGAAACAUGCAAUAUCUUAUUUAGAAGCGUGCAAGACUGCUUCAUGCAGUGGACGUGGAGAAUGUGUAGAAACGAUUCGAAGUUACAAAUGUAAAUGCAAUGAAGGAUUCCAUGGACCAGAAUGUGAAUGUGUUGAACAGUGUACCACUCUCAAUGUUCCUGACCAAGCGACUAUGAGCUGCACCUAUCCUAAUGGAAACUUCAGCUUCAACUCUACAUGUGACUUCCACUGUGCAGCAGGGUUUACACUGCAGGGCUCACAGAGGCUCCAGUGCAAUGCAACAGGAAUGUGGACAGAAAUAACCCCCUACUGUGAAGCUAUAAAAUGUGAAACUCUGGAAAAUCCUGGGCACGGAUUGAACUGCAUAUAUCCCUUUGGGUUUUUCAGUUACAGCUCUUCAUGUGAGUUUAGCUGUGAUACAGGGUUUGAACUCCAUGGAGCAGUCAGAUUACAAUGUGGAACCUCUGGACACUGGAUAGGGCAGGAACCCAACUGUAAAAUUGUACAGUGUAGAAAUCUUCAGAUUAUUGGACAAGAAUUGAUGAACUGCACAUAUCCCUUUGGAAAAUUCAAUUACAACUCAACAUGCUUCUUUAACUGUACUGAAGGGUUUGACCUUUAUGGAUCUGAUAAGUUGGAGUGUGGAGCUUCUGGAAACUGA